AUGUCAAAGUCCAAGGACUCCCAGUCCUCUGGGAACUUUCACCAGGAGUACAUUGCAUCCCUGCGCUACCGCAAUGACCUCCCUCCGCCAGAUAUGCCCCCGAAGCUGCUCGACAUUCCGCAUGAAGGUCUCAGCCGCUUCGUGACGCCGGGCUUCGCUUCGAACUUGGCUCGGCGCGAAGAACCCAAUAUCGACGUUGAUGCAGAGGGUGGUAUGCCCAUUGACCUUGUCGGUAUUCCUGGCUUGCAUUUGGGCGAUGAGAGUGUCCGAGUCCAAGUUCGCUUUGAAGAUGAAAUCGCUAAUGGGAUGACAGCAAUCAUGGCCCCCGAGAACCCACAGACCAUCGAUACCGCUGACCUCCCGCUCCUGAUGACCCUCGAUCAACUGCGAAACCCGGCCCCGAAGAAUACAAAUGUCAGUUUCCUUCGACGCACUCAACAUAUCUCCGUGGACCGCGCCGCUGCGGCCACGGCCACUGGCGCCCCUGCUAGGCCGCAGGCACGCUCGAUGAAGAAGGGGAAAACAUCAGUGGACGACCCCAAACACGUCAAGAAGUACAUACAGAAGGGAUUCGACAUCGCACACCCCGAGAGCAAGCACACUGGCGAAGAUACUGAAAGCAGCAUCCGUGGUCUGCCUGCCACAAAGACAGAAAGCGAUGCGUGGGCCAAACCCGUUCACCCCGACAACCCGAAACUCAAGCCCGUCGGUUUCUUCCCAAUUCUCCCCGAUCUCCAAGGUUUCACCGACCCGGGCGGUUUCCUGCAAUUCAAGUUCGAUAAGGCGCCAAUUCCCACCGCAGGCGGUAGACGCGACAAGCGUCUCGACGUGGCUAUUCUUCGCCCAAUUGCACCCGAAGAACGUAUUUGCCAGGAACAUGCGUCUAAAGUGGCACUCCACAAAGCCGGUCCUGACCUGUACGCCGACCCCGGCGCCGUGCCGUGGGACUAUGAUCUACUUCUGCCGGAGAAGCGCGAGUCUGCGAAGAAUGUCCGCAUAAGCAUGAACCUGAACCACCCGAACCGCGAUGAUGAAGAGCUCUACACCAACGACGCACCGGACGGAAGCAAAUACCACCGCUACGACCGCGUCCGCACCUUCGCCACAAGCGGCCAGGUCAUCAACAACGACAAGCUGAGCGACAUCGCCAUCUCACUCAAUUCCGGCGACGGCACUGACAGGCAGCGCGCGGCGUUUUACUAUCCCAUCGUCGCAAAGACCCGUCUUAAGCCUGAGCGUGCCCGCACAAUUGCCCAGGCUGGUUUGGCUCCCGGCGCGUCCCAGGUCGAGGAGGAACGAGUCGAUCAGAUGCAGGUUACUAUUCGUGAUCCCGAUGAGUCAGAGGUGUACAAGCGUGCCAUGCACCGCGCCAAUAUUGACCCCAAGUUUGGGUCGACUCUUCCUCCUCCCCCCGAGCCUCCUGUUGAUGAGGCCGACGACGAACAGCCUGUCGAGGAUGACGAGGAUACCCGGAUGAGCGAUGAGUAG